ACGGCACAGCCACACGCCCGCCCACACGCGCGCACAGGGGCAGAGCCGGCGGGCGGCAGGCGGAGGCACCCUCGGAGCCGGACGCCGGGCGGGGAGGGGACGGGCAACGCGGGAGCGGCCCCGGGGCGCAGCAUGGAGGAGGAGAUGCAGCCAGCGGAGGAGGGGCCCAGCGUCCCCAAAAUCUACAAGCAGCGCGGCCCCUACAGCGUCCUCAAGACGUUCCCGAGCAAGAGACCGGCGCUGGCCAAGCGCUACGAGAGACCCACCCUGGUGGAGCUGCCGCACGUGCGGGCGCCCCCGCCGCCCUUCGCGCCCCUCGCCGCGGGCUCCAUCAGCAGCAGCGAGCCGCCGCCGCCGCCGUUCCCGGCCCAGAGCCCCUACCCCCCCGGGCCCGGCCGGGCCGCCGCCGCCGCCUCGUCGUCGUCGCCGUCCUGCACGCCCGCCGCGCCCCAGGGCCACCUGAGGACUCCGGCGCCGCCGCCGCCGCCGCCGCCCCCGGCCCCCGCCGCCUCCUCGUCGUCUUCCUUCGCCGCCGUCGUCAGGUACGGCUCCGGCUCGGCAGCCGCCGCGGGCAGCAGCCACGCGGGUAGCGACGGCGCCAGCCUGGAGCUCAGCGCAGAGAGCCGGAUGAUCCUGGAUGCCUUUGCCCAGCAGUGCAGUCGAGUUCUUAGCUUAUUAAAUUGUGGAGGAAAACUUCUGGACUCCAACCAUUCUCAAUCCAUGAUUUCUUGUGUAAAGCAAGAAGGCUCAAAUUACAAUGAGAGAUCGGAGCAGUGUCAUGUUGGCAAAGGGGUCCACAGUCAGACCUCAGACAAUGUAGAUAUAGAGAUGCAAUAUAUGCAAAGGAAGCAACAGACUUCUGCCUUUCUGAGGGUUUUCACUGACUCCCUCCAGAAUUACCUGCUCUCCGGAAGCUUCCUGACUCCCAGCACCUCGGCGGUCAGUGAGUACGGCCACUUGGCUGACGUGGAUCCUCUGUCAACCUCCCCGGUGCACACACUAGGUGGCUGGGCAUCUCCAGCAACAUCCGAAUCCCACGGUCACCCAUCCUCUUCUACACUGCCAGAGGAGGAAGAGGAAGAGGAGGAGGAGGAAGGCUACUGUCCUCGAUGCCAGGAGCUGGAGCAGGAGGUGAUUUCACUACAGCAAGAAAAUGAGGAACUCAGAAGGAAGCUUGAGAGCAUCCCAGUGCCCUGCCAAACCGUGCUAGAUUACUUGAAGACUGUUUUGCAGCACCACAACCAACUGCUGAUGCCACAGCCCGCUGACCAGCCCACCGAGGGAAGCAAGCAGCUGUUGAACAACUAUCCCGUCUACAUAACGAGCAAACAGUGGGACGAGGCUGUAAAUUCCUCCAAGAAAGAUGGGAGACGCCUCCUGCGCUACCUCAUCAGAUUUGUUUUCACAACCGAUGAGCUUAAGUACUCAUGCGGCCUUGGAAAAAGGAAAAGGUCAGUGCAGUCAGGAGAGACAGGUCCUGAGAGACGCCCUCUGGAUCCAGUUAAAGUCACAUGCCUCCGAGAAUUCAUUAGAAUGCAUUGUACCUCCAACCCUGACUGGUGGAUGCCUUCGGAGGAGCAGAUAAACAAAGUGUUCAGCGAUGCUGUGGGUCACGCCCGGCAGGGGCGGGCCGUGGGGACUUUCCUGCACAACGGCGGCUCAUUCUACGAAGGGAUGGAUCACCAGGCCUCGCAGGAUGAAGUCUUCAAUAAGAGCUCCCAGGACGGAUCUGGGGAUUGCUGAGUGGACUUGACCUGCCCACGGGAGCCACCUGUCCUCGAAAGACCCAGUUGUGAACAUUCUGUUCCUGUCACCCAAGAGUCCAAAGCAUGUCAUUCUGUUGCUGUGUGCACAUUUGCAACCUGGACACAUUCUUGACCUACUGUCACGGUUCCCAAGGAGAAAUCCAUUUUAAGGUUAUUUGGAAAGACGGUGGCUCCUAGAACAGACUUUUGGGAUGUUAGAAGAUUACAGUUGACUUUUUAUGAAUGCUAGCUAGACGGUGAAGGUGCCAAAGGGUGAGUUCCUACCACCUGCCCCAGAUCUCCCUGGGAAGUACCUACUUUCCAGAGCAGAGCUAGCCCCCGAGGGAGGAGGGCUGAGUUAGUGCCUCUGCCCCCUGAAAAAUGGUUAGAGACGUAGAUUUAUUUUAAGGGCCAAGGUCCUAGUGUCUUACUUUAGUUCUAGUAAGAUGUCUUUAUGUUUUCCAAAGUCUUAAGCUCAUAGUUAUCUGCAAAGGUGUGGGAUCAGUGACAAGAUAUGCUGUCUCUGUAUAUUGAAAUCUGUGACAAAGAAGUUAAGAAACAGAGGCCAGCAGCAUAGAUGGUAAUUAGCUGUUUUUCUGUCACUUUACAAAGAAGACAUUCCACUGUGCUGAUCCGGAAGGUGCACUGUGUGAAGUGAGUCUGCACUGAAAACAGUGUUGCAUUGUCAGUCAAGAAACAUCAAGCAGUCCAAAACCAUUUUGAACAUUGUCUCAUAGCUUUCUGGAGCCAGCGAUUUUCAUAGCCUUCAGUUGGGCUUUGUGGACACGGUGCUCAGAGCAAUGUGGUGGAUGAUGAGAAUUCCCACCAGCUUGUUCUUUGGUGAUCAAACUAGUGGUGUGACUGUUGACAUUGGCCAAAUUGGCCAGAUGUCUGAAAUUCUAUACACACCAUGGCAAGGGCGGUCUAACAACUAUGCAAUGGGCUUGUCGGUGAUUUCUCUGAACAUUCAGGGUCUUCAGGCACUGAAUUGAUCAUCACAAAGUGCUCUGUUUCUGUCCUCUGUGAUCAGGGAGGAAACCAUUUCAUCCCCAGUGUGCAUCAUUUCCCUCAGUUACCACUUUGGCUAAGUGAACCCAUUCCACAAGCCUCCCCGCACGCUUUCCGCUGUUCGGUGUGUUGAGCUCCAUAUGGAAAAUGAGUGGUGUCUUGGGACCUGUUGCUUGAUCACCAAAUGCUGUAGAGGAGAUGCUAGGGUUGUGAUUUCUGAGAGCCUCGUGUUUUAGGUGAGAAGAACUUUCUUUACUGAACUGGUCCAGAUGCUGCUUUUUGCUUAGAAAACAAACAUGAGCAGUGUUUGUUUAAGGCUGUUAAUGUCAUCUGCAAAACAUAACUGAGGGUUUGGCGCAUCCAUUUGUGAAUGCUGCUUUUUUUGCCCAUGUUUUAGUCCAAGCAAAAAAA